GGGCAAUAAAAGUGUGCUUUAUGGCUGAUCAGCAGGAAAAAGAAACGAGGGGCUAUCAUAACAAUCAGGAGAUAAUACAGUUAGAGGGGCCGACCGAAACUGCUCCUCUUGUUAUAGAAGCUAGCGAGAGCAUAGGUAAUAACAUGGCUGCUAGUGGUGAUGAGUCUAAAGUCCAGUUGGAGAAUAAAACUCAAAAUAUCAGCACGGGGUCAAACGGCUCCUUCGGACCACCACCUCAGUACGAGCCUCAUGCUCAGUAUAAACUGUAUCCUAUUCGUUACUUGAUGUUGGUAGCAUUGAUGGUAUUGAACCUUAGCAAUGGAAUAAUGUGGUUAAGCUAUUCUCCGGUUCCGAGUCUUACUGCUAGUUAUUAUGGUGUUGGCUUGUCUGAGGUCGACUGGUUCUCAAACAGUUAUUUUAUCGCUUCUCUUAUCGUUGGGUUUUUUAGCAUCUUUGUACUUGACGUAUUUGGACUUAGAACAGCUGUUAUCAUUGGCACUGUAUGUAACCUGUUAGGAGCUGUAUUGCGCUACCUGAGUACCAUUGACCCCAUCAUUUGCUCUGACUCCAAAGCUGGCUUCAUCACGGCCAUUAUUGGACAGGUCAUCACAGCUUUUGCUCAACCAUUCUUUCUUUAUGCACCAGCAAAACUAGCAAACACCUGGUUUGGAGCUAAAGAGAGGGGCCUGUGUACUGACCUUGCUUCUGUUGCUAAUCCACUGGGUAUAGCAGUUGCACAGAUAGUGUCUCCAUACAUUGUCACUGAUGUUCAAAAACUACCCACAAUGUUAUGGGUGUAUAUUAUUCCAGCUGGUGUUGGUGCUCUUCUCUCUUUCUCUUUUAUUUAUCGUUCCUCUCCUCCCAUUCCUCCAACUGCUAGUGGGGAUACUCCAAACCUACCUUUCGUUAAAGGACUCAAAAGUGCUUUCAAGAAUGUGAAUUUUUGGGUUCUCCUGACAACGUAUGGCGUAGGAGCUGGAGUGUUUAAUGCCGUCCUAAUCAUAAUACCUCAAUAUGUCUGUCCUUAUGGAUACUCUAAUAAAGCAGCAGGUCUGUGGGGCUCAUUAUUAAUAAUAUUUGGUGUGAUUGGUGCUACACUCUCAGGAUUAUUGAUCAGUAGAACUAGACUGUACAAGGAGAUAGGGAUGAUCUGUCUAUCCUGUACCAUACUAACAUUAAUAGGCUUCGUUGAGGUCUCCACUAUAGAGCACAUUCCUGUUGCGUUAGCUGUGUUGCUUAGUGUCACUGGUUUUUUUGCCAUUGGAUUCCUCCCUGUUGCCAUGGAGCUAGGAGUGGAGGUAACCUUCCCAGCUGCUGAGGCUACCAGCUCAGGAUUACUAUGGAGCUCAGCUCAGAUAUUUGGGUUCCUAUUUGUCACCGUUGGUCAGUUAAUAUCUCCAGUGAUUGAUUCAAACACUCUCUCUUACAAUGAAUGUCAAGUGUCUUUACCAAACUCUAACGAGACCAUGUCCCUCUGUGAUGGUCGUCGCUCCAACUAUACACUCACUGAUAACGCUAAGCCUCAGAAUUGGACCAACUGUGGCCUGUUGCUCGUUGGAAUGGCGACGUUUGCUUUCCUAGUCUUUGUCCUGUUCUUCAGAAGGGACUACAAGAGAACUCAGUACGAAGAGAAAAUAAAGAAUGGAGAGGCAGGAACUAAUAAUAAUUAAUGAACAAUUUUAAUGUAAAAUUGUACGUGUACGUGUUCUAACGUGCAUGUAUAAAGUAUGGCUAAUUUUAUGUUCAGAUGCUACUUUUAACGUUUGUCUCUCUUGCCAAUUGAUAA